GUUCUCGGAGACGGUCACGCGCUCCCGACUGCUCCGCUCCGCGUCACACAACAUUGUAAUUAACUUGUAAUAACGUGAAUGAUCGGCUUAAUUAGGCCAUUAGGGAAGUACACAAACAACUUCUUCUGUUUGCUGAUGAAUCCUUCUCGAAGGAUUUCGAACAGGACCCAGGAAAAUCCGUGGUGGAUUGACGUAGGACACGUGGUGGCCAGGAUUUUGAAAAAAGGAUAACUGAUUUGACGAAAGCGAUUUGCAGCAAUUUCAUGGAAUUGUUGACGCUGGACAGUAACCUAAUACUGCAUUGCUGAAUAAUAACCACAGUGGGUAUAUCACUAAAGGUAAACUCUAUACCCAGUGCUUAGUAUAUAUAUAUAUAUGAAGAAUUGCCUCCUCAAAGGGUGUUCCCUCUAAUUAGAGAAUUAUAGAUCGUGGAAAUCACGUCAUUAAGAAAAUAGAUAUACCAGGAAAUAUUUUUAUGAUUAUAUAUUUCACGGAUACACCGACGGCGCUAAUAUAAAUUGCCGUGAAAUGUAAGAGACAAAACAUAAUUGCGUGAAUGAGAUGUUAUGAUAGAAAACUUACUAAUAAAAAAACUGUGGUAAAUAUUGCUUGUAUACAGAAUGAAUAGAAGUGAAGACAACGAUUAUUAUUUAUAGUGAAAUGAAUACUUAGUUAUUUGAAGACAGGCAUUAUUAUUUAUACGAAGUGCAAACUUAAUGAUGAGUCAAGAUUAAAAAGUACAACUCCGGAGAAAUUCUGAAAUACACACGCACGGAAAACUCGAAAACGAAAAGCAUCUGAUACGAAUAUGAAAAUAAAAACAUGUGAUACAAAAUAUGCCUGGCUGACACUUAGAAAGCCAAGUGACGUUCGUCGUAACACAAAGCAAGAAAUGAAAUGAAGUAAGGAAUAAAUGCUCAGAGAAUGCUUUGACCAAAACGAACGACAAUUGGCAGAAACCACAGUGAAGUUCGUCGUAAUAAUAAAAAGAAAUGAAAUGAAAUGAAAUAAUUAAGCCCUCAGAGAAUGUUUUGACGAAAGUAAAUGAUUUUUGACGGAAACUCCAGAGGCACAGAACAAUAAAUUCUCAGAGAAUGUGUUGAGGAAAAAAGACAAUUAUAAAUGAAAACUCCAGAGGCAAGGAAUUGCUACAAUUCGAGGAAAGAAUGACCUGACAUUCAACUUCCCGCCCCACCCCCCAAAAAAAAACAUUAGGAACGAACGACACUGAUUUUUCUCUAUUUUUAGAAAUGUAAAAUGUAAUUUUUUCGAGUAAACUUCCCGGCGGUGCGAGACUCGGCAACUGUCAUGGAUUGCCCAGCAGGGUGAAGUGAAGAAGAAGAAGAAGAAGUUGAUAAUAAAAAUGCUGCAGCUCUUCGUUCUCUUCAGUGUGGUCGUGACCGCUGGCACAAACACGCCGGACAAAGUGACAACAGAUCACCUGCGUGUGCUUGACAGCUUGCUCAAGCAGUAUGACAGGCGGGCCACGCCCACUAACCAUAAAAAUGAGCCGACCAACGUGACUUGUGAAUUGUACAUAAGGAGUUUUGGUUCAAUCAACCCUACCACAAUGGACUACCAAGUGGACCUGUACCUUCGUCAGGAGUGGAAGGACGGCCGACUGCAGCACCCGAACAUCACGAGCCCCCUGGACCUGAACGACCCCCACCUGGUCCAGGCCAUCUGGAAGCCGGAAGUCUACUUCCCGAAUGCCAAAGACGCCGAAUUCCAGUUCGUGACUGUGCCCAAUGUGCUCGUGAGAAUCAGCCCGGAUGGGAACAUCCUCUACAUGCUCAGACUGAAACUGACAUUCGCCUGCAUGAUGGAGCUCUCCCGCUUUCCCUUAGACGUGCAAGUGUGCACGAUGGAAAUAGGGUCGUUUUCCAAAACGACCCAAGAGCUCAGCUUAUCCUGGAAAAGAGGUGACCCCAUCAAGAUCUACAGGGGGUUGAAAAUGCCCCAGUUUAACAUCAUCAACAAUGAGACUGACAGAUGUCACGAGGACUUUCAAAUUGGAAACUACAGCUGUCUACGGGCGCUGAUCACCUUAGAGAGAAACAUCGGUUUCCACCUGGUCCAGAGCUACCUGCCUUCCAUUCUCAUCGUGGUCAUCUCCUGGAUGGGUUUCUGGAUGGACACGGAUUCCGUCCCGGCCCGCACCUGCCUUGGAGUCACUACGCUUCUCACUGUCUCCAACCAAGCCUCCGAAACGCAGAUGAAGAUUCCUCAAGUGUCUUACAUUAAGGCCCUGGACAUCUGGAUGGGCGUGUGUACCGCCUUCAUCUUCGCCGCCCUUCUAGAGUUCACCAUCGUCAAUUACUACUGGAGGAAGAAGCUACCCAACUCGUGCCACAUACCCUGUCGUACGAAGACCACGUCCGAGAGUUGGAUGGAACUGAUGCCGCACAACGGCCAGGGGGGCUUAGGAGGAACAGACACCGAACAGCCAUCCCCGGCGGGCGGCGCCCCUCCGUCGGUAGGUACGCCCGGGGAGUUCUCCAUCAGCCAAGACGACUCCAGACGCUACAGGUUGCUGGCCGUCAGAAUCGACGAGGUCUCCCGCGUCAUCUUCCCUUCGGCCUUCCUGCUCUUCAACAUCGUCUACUGGUCCUACUACAUGUCUCACCGCCAAUGAAGUCUCGUCCUCCUUCGGCGGUGGUGUUGGUGUUGGCCCUUCCCCCCCCUUCUUCCAUUCGCGUCACUGUUCUGAAAGGAGGCUCUCGACUUCGGGUUAAAUUGCUGGUUUUUAUGUGUACUCGGAUGCCCGAAGGAUAUCUGUGGGCUUAAAUUGCUUGGUUUGUUCCAUAGGGUUCCGUAAAGGAUAUCUGCGGGCUUAAAUUGCUUGGUUUGUGUUACAGCGUUCCCUAAAGGAUAUCUGUGGGCUUAAAUUGCUUGGUUUGUGUUACAGCGUUCCCUAAAGGAUAUCUGUGGGCUUAAAUUGAUUGGUUUGUUCCAUAGGGUUCCGUAAAGGAU